AUGCCACCAACAAUCCAUCUCUAUUUCACACAAUUUGCUGCUCCAGAUGCAGUUUCUUCUACCACAUCCAAAGACCAAGUGCGAUCUCUUGUUGUUCUUGAAAAACGUGCAUCUCGUGCACUCCAACAUCAUGCGCUUGGACAAGUUCUUGGGAUUCCUAUUGAUACUGUACAAAUCGAACCUCGUGCGAGUGCAGCUGACUCCUCAGAGUAUGAAACACAUCAGCAAUCAGCAUUAAGUCGGAAACCAUGGCACCGUGGUGUGCAAUUUAACACGACAAAUGAGGGUGGGACUGUAGUUGUGGCGGUGACUGAUGACCUAACGGUGCCGCUUGGAGUAGAUCUUGUAGCAGAGCAUCAUGAUAACAAGGAGAAGGGAUGUAGUGCUGAAUCUACUGAUUUUGAUGGGCUAGACCAGGAAUAUGUGAAAGCAAUGGUUCUCACGGAAAACGAAAUAAAGACAAUAAAACGGGUAGGACAAAGACUUGCAAGACAACGAGUUUAUGCGGCAGCCAUUGCGCUUAAGGAAGCAUUUCUCAAGUACCAUGGAAUCGGGCUUGUUGGAGUUUCGAGUCUUGCAGAUGUUGAAGUGACUUUCCCAAAGAAUUUUGAUGGAAAUUUGUGGGUUUCUAAUACCAAAAAUGAAACAACUAUGCCUACAUUAGAAUGGGUUGGCAGUAGUAAAGGUACCAACGAACCCACCACAACAACAACAACAACAACAAUAACAACAACAAUAGCAUCAGCAUUGAAGGUUGAUUAUACAGGAGAUAGGGCUACAGAGGAUUCUGGAGCGGCAGGCCAUGUGUUUCGGGUGACGCCUGUUCGCGGAACCACGGAACUGGUGGGAGCCAUUGUCGGGCCGCUCAGGGUUUUGGAUGGGCCAGAACAGAACCCGGGUGUUGCAGAAGUUUUAUCAUACAAGCAGCAUCACGUUUCGUUUAGCCAUCUUUUAUGA